AUGAGUGAAAACGACACCCCAAGCCCCCCUCCUGCUGUUCCUCUACAUUUGAAUGAAGUCGCCGUCUUCGAAUACAGUACCGAAGGCAUGGUAGUUCCAUCCAAUGUCACUCAUGUCAAGAUUACGACUCCAAACAUUCCAUCUGAAGCCUUUCGCGAGCACAAGAAGGUGACGUCUGUCGAGAUUGCUCAGGGUGUCGUAACGAUCGCGACCACUGCUUUUUCACAAUGCAUGGCACUGAAGUAUAUGAAGGUAUCACCGUCCGUCCUGAGCCUUGGGGCAGGAGCCUUUGGUUGCAACGCUUGUUUAAUGGAAGUCCAACUGCCAGACACGGUGCAAGAAAUCCCACCAAGUUGUUUUGCCUUCUGCAUUUCCUUUCGCUCCUUUCGAGUGCCAUCUCAAACCACUGUUAUUGGGCAACAUGCGUUUUGGGGCUGUCGACAAAUGGUGUCCAUUGAAAUUCCCGUUGGUGUCGUGAGAAUUGAAGGGCGGGCCUUCUUGGAGUGUUCAGAUCUAGUGAACAUUGCUCUUCCUUCCACUGUCUCCGAGGUUGGAGCCGGUGCCUUUGACGAAUGUACAGAGCUGAAAAAUUACCUUCCAGAAGAUUCAAUGCGAUUUAUAGAUGCCUUGAAACAUCGAUUUGACGGCUUGCCUUUUCACCACCUGUGUUACUACCAAUCCUAUCAAAGUCUUUCAGCAGUGACAAGGGCGUUGCAUACUUUGAUUCAGGCCGCCUGUCCAAAUGAUGAAAUUCCUUUCGAUUGCUUUGAAAUGAACCCAUUACAUCUGCUUGUAUUGUCGGCGAAACCAAGUUUUGAACUCUGCAAGGUGUUCUCCUCCGAUCUAGAUGCUUUGCGAUGUCAAGAUAUAACUGGUUCAUGUCCAAUGGUAUAUGCUAUGAUCAACUUCGCUCCUAAUAUUGUGCCAAUCAUCAAACAUUUGUCCCGCAAGCUGUAUGCAUCGCACUACAACUGUUUGGGUUUGGAACGGUGGAAGGUUGAAAUUGAGUCUGCUCUCGAAUCCUUGGAUCCUAGCGACGACGUUCCUCAAAGAUGUCCCAAGGUACAUAAUUAUUUGAAAGCACUCUUCAAGAAUUACACCAAAGAAGGACUUCUGAGUUUGGAACUGGGGAUUUGGAAGGCAAAACUAGUGGAAGUGUCCAAGACUAUUGUGGAGGAGAAGAACGAUACGGGUGUAUUGCCAGAUCGUCCCCAAAAGAGAGCGAGACUAUUGCUGGAGCAUGCCACAAAUGAAUCAUCAACGACCGAGAUUGACGGCAGGGUGAAUCGAGUACUAUGCCGGACACUAUGCAUGUCAGAUGUAAUCAUUGAAAGUGUUCUUCCAUUCAUUUCUUCAUAUUUGGUCUGUAUCGCACAAAAGUAA